AUGACGUUUUUCCAUUUUAUAAACUGUGUGACUCUUGCAUAUGCUCCCUAUUUCAUCGCCUACAAAUAUUCAGGUCUAAACGAAUACAGUUCAUUUUGGCGAUGUGCACAAGCAAGUGGUGGUUAUUUUUUAACCCAGUUGAUUAAACUACUACUCUUGGCUACCUUCUUUCCUGCUGCAGAUGCUGAGGGAUUCGCAGUUCUCCCG